GAAACCCCUCUCAGCAGUGCGGACUAGAGCUUUAACUCUCCAUUCCUCAGUUUCCUUAUGUGGAAUGUGUAGAAAACCCAAGUCCUGCAGAUCUCCCAAGAGUUACUGUGAAGUAAACACAACGCAGGCUGUAGGGCAGUCUGUUUGGGGGGCAGUUGUUGAUAUUUUGAUCCAUCUCUGUAAUCAACAACUUUGAGCACAUGCACAAAGGUACACGCACACUCGUGUGCACCCCGCCCCAUCGAGUGGCCCCACCACCUCAUAGCAGAAACCUCCUCCUCUCUCUGGCCCUCUCCAGAGUCACCCACCAGGUUGUGGCCGGGGAGUUUGACCGAGGCUCAGAGGCUGAGGACAUUCAGGUGCUGAAGAUUGCCAAGGUUUUCAAUAACCCUGAUUUCAACGAGUUGACCAUCGACAAUGACAUCGCCUUGCUGAAGCUGGCCACGACUGCCCGCUUCUCCGAGACCGUGUCCCCUGUGUGCCUGCCCACUGAGAACGACAGCUUUCUUCCAGGGGCCUGUGUGCCACCACAGGAUGGGGUCUGACCAAACACACCAAUGCACAAUCCCCUGACAGGCUGCAGCAGGCGGCCCUGCCCCUCCUGUCCAACGCCGACGGCAAGAAGUUCUGGGGCAGCAUGAUCACUGACCUCAUGGUCUGUGCCGGGGCCAAUGGCGCUUCCUCCUGCAUGAUACGGCCUACUGGACUCACCUGGCCCCCCCUUCCCUCCUAGCGUGUGGUGGGUUCAGGCAGAAGCCCAGGCCGAGGCACUUGCCAGAGAGAAGAUGGAAAUUAUACAUAGAACCUCUUUUGAGGGCUUGACAUGCUCUUCCUGGAAUUCCUGCCUGAGUGGUUGUAAAAACUGACGACCUCAACAGAGGGAUGCGGAGCAAGGGGCUCUGAUCUUGAAACUGCCAUAUUGCAAAAUCCCAUCGAUAUCAUCAAUUUCUGAACAAAUGGCAUCCCCUGGUUUAGUGCAGUGUACAACCUGGGCAGCGGAACAUAGCGGCCCAGACGGCUCUGGAAAGGAUCGGGCAGCCCUCCGUCCCUCACGAUGGCUCCAUAGACAGGCCAGCACCAUCCAUGCUUCCAUCCUGCCAAUUAAACCAGCUUUAUUGAGCCUCUAUUGUAGGACCCCAGCUGAUGGCCCAGACAUGCAGGGGCAUGUGCAGAUCACAGACGGAGCUGAAGGUUCUUUCAUAAUCCCUCCAAUAUGCAUGUGCUGGGCGUCUGCUGGCUGUGGGCCCCUGGAAUGGUCUCUGGAACAAUGUCCAGGGGCCCCUGGCCCAGGCCACCUGGCGGCCAGAUGCAAGCCUCCCUCUCUGUCCCUGCAGAGCGACUCUGGCGGCCCCCUAGUCUGCCGGAAGGACGGAGCCUGGACCCUGGCGGGCAUCGUGUCCUGGGGCAGCAGCAGCUGCUCCACCUCCAUGCCCGCCGUGUACGCCCGCGUCACCAAGCUAAUGCCCUGGGUACAACAGAUCCUGGAAGCCAACUGAGUUCACAGCUCCGCCAUGACCUCCCUGCUGACUCUGCUCCCACGAAGAGUCAAUAAACCAACAAAAGACACACUGA